AUGGAAGAAUCUAAAGACUCCGAUGAUGAGCAGAUUUUAUCGAAAAUGGCGAACCAUUUUCACAAGCUAGUCUCAGACAAGGAAGAACUGCGUACUGCUGUUGAAUGUUUUUUCAACAAUUUGGUGGACGAACUUACAUUAGGAAUAAUUUUCGACGAGCAUCGCAAAUUUAAGACUGGUGUUUAUCAACCGGAAAUGGAAGUGGCAAAUGUUGAAGAGCUCCCUGUUGGAGCUGAAGUUUUUCCUGAACAAGAUGUGAGCAAGAUCACUUGCAAGUGCCCUAACUGUGGGCGUGUGGUGGCCGCAAUUCGCUUUGCUCCCCAUUUGGCGACUUGCAUGGGUGUGGGGCGCACAAGGAGUACUAGGAGUACGAGAAAGCGAAUGGCUAGUAGUUCACUGGAGAGGAAGAAUUCGUCGUUUAGUGAAGAGCCAAGCGAUGAUAAAGAUGACGAGGAUGGUAACUGGGAAAGUAAAAGACCGAAGAAGAAGAAACGAAACGAGAGCAAGAAAUCGAAAAGUGUAGAGACUCCUAAGACAUUUUGCGAUUCGAGUCCGAGUGAUGACAUUGAUGUGGAAGCAGUAGAUGAGUGUCCGCUUUUGAGAGGAUUGCUUCUGGGCUAUUUAAAUAGCUCUUCAAUGGCCGAUUCUGCAUCAAGUAUUAGUUUAAAUUUGCCGAAGAAAAAAGCCAAAACAGGAAACAAAAAAGGGAAAAAAGUUAAGGUUUUACCGAACCCCACCACCAUAAGUAGUCGUUUGAGUUUGCCAAAGAAAAAAGGCAAAGCAGGAAAUAAAGGAAAGAAAACAGUUAAGGCUUUACCGAACCUUAGCUUAAGUAGUCAUUCAAAUUUUCUAAACAAAAAUGACAAAGCAGGAAAUAUAACAACGAAAAAAGUUAAGGUUUCACCGAACUCCAGCUUAAUUAGUCGUUCGGAUUCGCCAAAGGAAGAAGACAAAGCAAAAAAUAAAAAAAAGAAAAAAUUUAGGGCUUCACCAUCCUCUAGCUUAAGUAGUCGUUCGGACUCGCCAAAGAAAAACGACGAAGCAGGAAAUAAAAUAGAGAAAAAAGUUGUUUCCCCGAUCUCCAGCUUAAGUAGUUGUGCGAAUUCAUCAAAAGAAAAAGACAAAGCAGGAAAUAAAUUAGAGAAAAGAGUUGUUUCGCCAAACUCCAGCUUAAGUAGUCGUUCGGACUCGCCAGAAGAAAUCAACAAAGCAGAAAAUAAAAUAGAGAAAAGAAUUGCUUCACCGUACUCCAGCUUAAGUAAUCGUUCGGACUCGCCAAAGGAAAACGGCAAAGCAGGAAAUAAAAUAGAGAAAAGAGUUGCUUCACAGAACUCCAACUUAACGAAAUUCAUCAAGUGGCCUGGCAGUUUCCUUUCGCCCACCACCCUUUAA